UUCUACAGAAUUCCAACUGGACAAACCAGCCAUGGUGUCCAUUGCAUGUUUUGAAGAGGAGACUUACAACAAAAACAAAAAAGGACCAUUUUGAUGAACAACGAAUGAGGAAAUGGCACAGAGAUUGGACAGAGUUGUGAAAGUGUUAACAUUCAUUCUGGUAUGUGAAGGCCACUGUAGUUCCCUGACAUACUCGGGAGAGGUGAGUGGAGGAGUCCUCCAUUUGUUGCAAUCUCUAUAUUUGUCAGCAUAAUGUUUGGAUAUCUUGUUGCCUGACAACAUCCCCGCACUGCACACAGGAAGUGACUUAUUUCAUGUCAAGAGAGACUGAAACAGAUUUCAGAAGUGUAUUCUACUACUCAAAAACAGCCUCAAUGUUUCUGGGCCCGUUUGUCUGUGCUGCUGCUACAUACUCAAAAAUGCUCCUUCAUUUAGUUCCGAUAGACUAAGCGUAUUUUCAGAUGAAGGUUGCAACAUACAAAUAAUGUUAGUCGCGCCAUCUCGGGGGUCCAGUACCAGCCUCUAUGAAUGACUGCCAUGAGGAGAAUGGUCGUGGGGUUGUUGCUGGUGGAUGGCUGGCGUGAAAAAUGUUUGCCCCACUUAUUAUUCAAGCGCCUCCUCCCUCCAAAUCCACGGGCUGCUCUUCCCAGACUGGCACACCCACCCUCUCCUCCGUCACUGUGGGAGAGUCAGUUGGGCCUUGUGGGCUUCCUGGUCCUCAGCUCCGCCUCGCCUCGAUGUGACCGGACAGGGGAAACACUUCUCAGUUAAAGAACAAAAGCAACAACGGACAGACCGAGGAGGACCACGUAACGACGACUGGACCUCAGCGUACUGAGAAAUCCACACCCACCGCCACGAGAAUCUGCCGACGAUUGAACUCACAAGCAGGGCGACAAACUUGGCCGUCUCGCAUCUUUGUAAUCCGUCGAGGUGCUUGAUAAAUAAGACAAGGGUCAAACAGGCAGACUGUAUUGUUUCCCGGGGCUUCCUCUCUCAAACUUCGGCCAUAAAAAGCACAGUGGUAGAAGAGAAACUCUGGAUAUCCCCCGAUUUCCUUUCGUUCAAACGGACCUCGUGGAUAAAGGACUGUUUUGUCAUUUUCGGUUUCUGUUGUGGCAUCUGCCUUUCCGAAGAGGCCACACUUUUCUUUCGGGCCGAGUACUUGGAAGUGGAACAAAGCCCGAGUGGGACGGGGUGAGAAAAUAGUCUGUGAUGGAUUUCGCGUAGAUACCCAUUCCACACGCUCCCACCCCUUUGUGACCAAUCCCCCACUACCACAAAACAAAAGUGAGAGCUUACUUUGAUAACCCAGAUGGCAACUUACGGUGAACUUAAUGGCAGAAAUGGACUACUUUUGGCCAUGAAGGAGUCUUUUGAAGGAAAAACAAUAAAGACAGAAUGUGAAGGAAAGCUUGACGCUAAACGACCCUCCAAGGAUUUGUGCCGGUCUUCCAGCUCAGCUGAAAGCAAUGCAAGCACUGGGGCUAGUUUUACCACCAACAACAACUCAGUUGUGUGCCUGCCGCUGGUAUCAGAGGGACUGAAGUUGGUAUGGACACAGUCAGAUCAGACCCGUGAACUUGACACAGUUUCAGAGCUUGUGCAAGCCUUCAACUUAUUUCCAUACCCAUCAUCUCAUGAGGUUAACACCCUGGCCAGGGUAUGUGCCUUGCCACUAGACAAAGUUAAGGUGUGGUUUAUGGUGCAGAGAAUUAAAUAUGGUAUCAGCUGGUCUUCAGAGGAGAUAGAGGAGACACGACGAAAGCUAGCAGUACCUGAGCUUUAUGAUGACUCUACUGAGGCAAAGGAAGAAGCCAAAAUAAAGAGCAACAGCAUAAUACAUGAGGAAUUGGUAAUUGAGGAUAAGGACAACAAUGAAGUCGGGGGUGUUCUAUCGAGCUUCACCCCCCCAAAGAAAAAACCAAAGUCUGAGUCACCAGAUUCCUACAAACCAGCCAAACCCACUGUCCCAUGUUUCAGUUCCACCCUUCCACCUCCUCAGGAUUCAUACUACUAUCGCCCACCAGCAGACACACCAGCAAGUACAGCUACUGAUGUUUCCCUUGACCUCACAGAGCCAUCUUCACAACAGCACCGCCAUGGGCGCUACAAAAAGUCUAAAGCUCAGCUCGCUGCUCUUCGAAAAAGCUUCCUGAGGGAGAACUGGCCUGCAGAGACAGAGCUGAGACGUUUGCAGGAGGAAACUGGGCUGACCCGCAAUGACAUUCGUAAAUGGUUCAGUGACAGCCGUUAUCAGCUUAGGGUUGGCCGAGGAAGUCUGGCAGCAGCCCAGAGCUAUUCUCAACACACUGCUGUGGGAGGUAAACAUGAUCAACAAACUCAACCUCUUCCACUUAUAACUGAAAAGACUGGUCAGCUUCAAAGCGUCAAGGGCCAGGAGGGAACCCGUAGCAGUGGAACUGGAAGCUCACAUUUCUUUCAGGCCUUUUUGUCAAAUAGCCUUGAAGCAUUCGAGGACAGGGCUCUUGAGGCAGAAGAGUGUGAUGUUAUGGAAGAGCUUUCUGGUGACGGGGACAGUUUUAAAGACAAGAUACAAAAUGAAGAACAGCCAUUACAACUGACUAAGGUGUUCAAAAUUGAAACACACAGUCCACACAAACCACCAAGUGUAUCGAAAUCAUCUCCUUACUCCUCCCCCUCUGGCAGCCCACCACUGACUAAUAAACAACUUUCAAACAGCAGCAACUCAAAGAAGUCUUCACAUUCAGCCAAAGCCAGCCCUUCACAAACAGCCUUGCGCAUCUCAGGUGCUCCUUCAACUACAUCCACGUCCCCUGCUCUCACUCCUGGUGGGCGACCAAGAAAGACCAAGGAGCAGUUGGAUCUUUUAAAACAGCAUUUCUUAAACUGCCAGUGGCCCAAGAGCGAUGAUUACACUGAACUUGUGAAGCUCACAGGUUUACCCCGUGCAGAUGUUAUUCAGUGGUUUGGUGACACACGCUAUGCUGUCAAAAAUGGCCAGCUGCGCUGGGUGAAAGGGGUCCGUGACCAGUUCUUGGCAGAACUUGCUACCCAGCAGAGUGGCAGUGGCUUAACUAAGGAAAGCAGCUCUGGGACAUCUAAUCGGGCUGGUGGCAGCCGCAAACGAAAAUCUCAGGCAAAUGGAACAAGUACAGAUACUCCUGAUACACAGCCAUUGGUCACAUAUUACCUUUCAAAUGGCUCACUACAAGAAAAAGACCUUGACUCUCUAUGCAAGAAAUCGAGAAUGAGCUACCAGCAAGUGCGAGAUUGGUUUGCAUCCCAGGAUGUUGGGGAGACUGACCAACAAGAAGACAGUAUUACUGAUUGAGACACUGGAAACAGAAUUAUGAAUUGGGCUGUGCGAUAAGACCAAACUCUCAUUUCAUAUUCAUAUAGAUUAACAUAAUAAUAAAGCACAUUUUUAUGUAAAUCUAACCAAUAAAUAAAAGUAAAAUUUUGGCAUUGCGUAACUGAGGUCAAUUGCUAUUACCAAAUUACAAAGCGCCUAUUACUUAAACCAUGUUGAUUGGGGUCGUGUCAUUGCAGGAGUAAAUUAAAUUUGGCAGCCAUUGCUUCCUUCCAUCUUUGUUACUGGUUGCCACGUGGUCCGUUAGAAGAUGUAAGAACUCUUGCAGCACAUGGGAGAUUCCUUCUGUACUGUUGGGUGUGAUUGGCGUGUCGGUGGUGUGGUGUUGUCGUCCAUUCACAAAGUACUUUUUAUCUGGUCUGUGUCAGACUUUUCCGACCCACCACUUUCGUGCCACAGAUGUAGCCUCUCGUUUAGCUUCCCGUUUUAUCUUGAUUAGCUGGAGUCCUUAUCAUGGAGUGAAUUCCUAUUUUCUUUUACAGAUUAACUCUUGUUCAUUUUUGUUUGUGCUGCCUUCGGGCAAAUGCCUUACCCACAUCUGUGUCACCUGGAAGAGUGUAAAGCAUCCUCCAAAUGGCAUUAUACAGUAAAUUGUCUUAGAGAGUGACUGACAGUUGAACAGUGCAGUAAAAUUGGAUUUUUUUUGUCACCACAUGACAUAGCUCAUCAUAUCACACAGCCCUACUUCAUAACACUUAUUAAAGUAGGUGGAGUGCUCCUUACAGCAUUUCCACCAACAAAGCUUUAAGUGGCUUUAAAAGGGCCAGGUUUGUUACAUCCAGUCUUCUCAGUACAUUCCCUGAAUGGGGUGUGUAUUUUGAGUAUUUGCUGCAUUUCCUGCUUAUCCUAAUGUAUUAUGACUUGAACUUUGAUUGUGUUGCUGUAAAUAGAACAGUAAAUUGUACACUGGUUUGCGAUAUUUUUGAGCUUAUUUUUGUUUAGAGAUCACUACUUCAGAUUUUCUUUUGUUAGUAUGCUGUUGUAGCGGUAUAAUUUAAACUGGUUGUACUUUUGGUACCUGACCAUAGCAGUGAGUAACUGCUCCAGAAAACGUCUGUGCUCAUGAAUUUGUUGACUGAUCAAGUGUCAUCAUUCCUUUACAGCCAGUAUCUUCCUGUCAUGAAAAGCACACUGGACAUGUACACUUUAAAUUGACAUCUUGCACUUUGGUUUCAGGCCCUGCUGCCAUUAUGUUUAUUAAAUACAAUUAUUUCACAAAAUUUAAAUUUCCUAAAUGGACAGUGUUAUUGGUCCGAUUACACUGAUACCAUGGCUCAUGUCUUAAGAAUACUGAGAAUGUUUCAUCAGAUUCUAUUUGUAUCUCUGAAACACAUUCCUCUUUUUUUUUUUUUAGUUAUUGUAAUAUUUGAGUUAGAAUUUCCAUACUUUGCUUGUCAUACGCAUUUAGCUGCACCAUUUCUUUACAGUAAAUGUUAGCAGUACUAGGAAAGCAGCAACAUGCAGAGAGUCAGAGUUAUCUAUAUCAAUUUUAAUGUGCACUCAUAGAUUUAGUCAGUAUUUUUAUAUCUCUUUUGUCUUAAUUAGUCUAUAGAGCAUGAUUUCAUCGUUUGAAAUAAAGACAAAGUAGAUAAGAUGACUCAUGGGGUCCAUGUACUGUUUAAGAUUUGAAAAGGGUUUGAAUCCAAAGGUAAAUUGCCAUUCUGUCACAUUACGAAUUAUAGCACAAGCAUUUGGGUUAUUAGUACAUUUAUUUAUUAGUAAUUCCUACAUUAUUGUGUCUUGCGAAAAGAAAAAUAAACUCUGUUCCCAAAAUACUUCUAAGUUGACUUGCAGAGGGUGAAGUUGGCUUUAUACAGAGCCCGGGUUUAAUACCGUGGAAAAGUCUGUACAGGGGUUAGCUGACCAAGCAGUGUGAAUCACUGUACCGGUUAAGAAAAGUGUUCUGCUGUGUGGAAAUGUCCUUAACACUUAACCCACAUUUUCCUGUAUAUGUGUUUUCGAUGUAUUUUUUACUGAUUGAAAAAAAAAAUCUCAUUUGCACAAUUAUGUCACUGGAAACCAGUAAAAGAUUUGCAUUUAUAA